AUGGCCAGCGAAACCCCUCGACGUCCCGUGUCGUUGGCGCAGUCUAUGAACGAAGGGCACUUGGACGGUGCGAUCACUUGGGAAGAAGCCAUAUCUAACACGGACGGCUUAAAGGUGUUGCAGCUCGACAGGCCUAUGAUCGUUCAUAAAGAUGUUGGUUGUGUAAAGGUCGGCGACUUGCCCGCCCAAGAUGAGAUCACCGCAGACUCGAUCAAAAAGAAGGUUCAGUUCCUUGAUAUCAUGUUGGACUAUGAGGGAGAGAUCGACUUCAAACAUAUCGAAACACUCUUCUUGCAGCAACGCUAUGCCGAUCUACCAAGUCCCAUCCGAGUCAACAGUCGUGUUGAGACGCCUUACAACAUGCAGCUUUUCAUUUUGCCCGCAGACUCUGGCAAGCACCACAUCGUGAAGCACAUCAAAUUUUCAGAAGGAGGCCCCAACAAACAAGCGAAAGAAACCAAUGAGAUUCGCACUGGUUUUGCUUUCAUCCGCAAGGAGGGCCCCGAGGAGAAUUCCGACGGGCAGUUCACAUUCUGGACUGAAGAGCAGGUUAACGAUCCCAACAGCCCAAUCUACAAAUGGGACAGAAGUGUGGUCAAGGAGUUCUUGCGGUGUCUGGCCGACCAAGGUUCACAAGCAAAAAGCAUCACUGAUUGGCCCUUGACUUUGAAGAGCUUGACUCCAUGGUGUCUCAACGAAGUCAUCAAGGGGCGUCGAACCAAACCUCGUGUCUUCGACGAUGGCAACCUCAACCUGGAGCAUCCUGCAGCGGUUAAGGCUGUCACCGAGGUGUCAGGAAUUGACCGCAAGACAAUGGCAAGGUGGAAUGCCGCCUCCUACGCCAAAAACCAACUAUGCCAAGUGUGUUCAAAUCCUUAUGAUCGCUCGGUGGAACCCGACAUGCCCCCCAACACGAACUCCGACACCAUUCCGUUCGAGGUGUUCUUCAAGCUGGUACGCCCAUCGUUCCACAAAGACUUCGAUGAGGAGGACUUGAUGGCGAUCUUCAAACGCUCCCUCGUCGUCGUUUUCACAGAGAAAGGCAUCUACACGCGCUUGCCCAGCAUCAAUCGCGAUCCCGUCAAACGUGUUGCGUGGCCCGACAAAGACAUUGGCAUGAUUUCACUCUCUGCCCGACCUGUUCUCUCAGCGUACUACAAAAGCCAACUCGCCAACUUGCCCAACGAUCACGAGUCUGACAUGCAGUG